UUGGUACAAUGCCGUUUUCCAAUCUUUUCGAAAACCCAAUGGUGGUGAUAGAGCUGUAUGGAGGGUAUGUAGGAUGGAUCCUGAUGACAUGUUUGGUGGCAACAGUUGUAGCUAUCUGUUUCUACUAUCUAGUAAAGGGCUUCCAAAACAGACAGACAGAAGAGGGGGACUCCUUACCUCAACCAGGUCAGGUGGAUGAGUCUAGGGUUGAGGAUACAUCUCUUGUUGAAGAUGUAUCGCCUCAACAGGACGGCCAGGAGUCCUUAACAUGUCCUGUUUGUAAGAGCGACUCGUGUAAUGAUGACCACGAGUCAACUUUUCUCUUCCAUCGAGAACAAUACAAAGACCACGUUGAUGAGGAACGUAUAAAUCUAACACAAAGGCAAGGGGAAGAAGACCAAUCUCUGACUGUCUUCGAGGAGAUAAACCAAUUCAAGCAACUGAAAGCUGUUACAAUCAUAGGGAUGAAACUGGAUGAUUCCAGCUUGUCAAAUUUAUUCCAAUGCACAUCCAUUCGGACCCUCAAAUUGUCAAAUUGUCAGCUGGCCUCUAUACCACGUUCUCUAGCAAACUUAAAAGACCUAGAAAUCCUCGACCUUAGUCAUAACAAUCUGACGACGCUACCAACAAGGCCUAUCCGUUCACUUCCCUGUCUGAAGAGUCUCAAUGUGAGCCACAACAAGAUAGCAGUCAUUGGGGAUGUUGUUAAAAAGCUGCAAGCUCUCCAAAAUUUUGACGUAUCGUACAAUGAUGUCGGGCAAGUGCCUUACGAAAUACUUGAAAUGGAAAGCUUGGAGAUUUUUUCUUGCAGCCACAACAAGAUAGAAAGAUGGCUUGGUCCACCUAAUGAAGAAAGACAGGCUAACACAUCUCCUGUAACAUCUUUGAACAUGUCAAAUAACUUGCUGACAGAAGUUCCCCAACAUGUAAAAGAACUAAAGAACCUUUUGAUGGUGAACUUCGCACAUAACAAGAUAGGAGCAAAUAUCCCCGACAAAAUCGUAAGUCAGCAAAUUUCUGAGCUGUUUUACCUGCCGUCAGUGUCGACAUUACGGCUUGGUAACAACAAUAUCAAAACAUUGCCGCCAUUGGACACAACAAGACUCUCGCAAAACAUAGUGUUGAUUGACCUCAUUAACAAUGAGAUAGGUGAGGUACCCGCAGCUCUACUAUCAAUGCCAACUUUGAGAGCAUUGUAUCUUGGCAGUAACAAAAUCACGAGGCUUCCAGCCGACCUGGAUCUAAACAAGUUAUCUCCUACUUUGUACGACAUUGAUCUGAGUAACAAUGAAGUAGAUGAUCUGCCCCUGGUUCUUUGCUUUCUUCCUUCGUUGAAGAAGCUGAGUUUGAAGCAAAACAAAAUCACAUCACUAAGUGAAAACAUGAAAAGCUGUAAGAGCCUUUCUUUUCUUGACAUGUCCCACAACAUGCUGAAGGAGAUACCUUCCCAUGUAUUUGGCCUACCAGAACUUAAAGUGAUAGAUGUCUCAAACAAUCAGAUCACUACUGUCAGCUCUCUGCGAAAGGAAGAAUCGUCUGUGAUAGAAGAGUUCACUUUAGCAGAAAAUGGUCUCUCACAGUUCCCAGAAGUUCUUAUACAGAUGAAAAAACUAAAGAAGGUCGACUUACGACGCAACAAAAUAAAAGAAAUACCAGAGUCUACCAUGGGCAUGGCCAAAGAUGUAAAGCUACAGGUGCAGGACAAUCCUAUCGUAGAUCCUCCUUUACAAGUAUGUCAGGCUGGCUUAGAGGCCAUACAAGCUUUCUACGAAGACUUGACAACGGCCAGCAGUAUCACACAAUGUCUUAAAACACUGUUCUUAGGGACCUACGAGGCAGGGAAAACUAGUCUUGUUAGGGUUUUUAAACUCAACCGUUCUUGUCUGACUAAACCUGAGGAAAGAACAGAUGGAAUAGAAAUAGCUGAGCUCCAUCUUUCAGUCCCAAACACUCCUGGUAUUACUGUAUCUGUAUGGGACUUUGCUGGUCAGGAAAUAUACUACAUAACUCACCAAUUCUUUUUGAGUGCAAAGGCCCUUAUCCUUUUGAUUGUGAACUUGGAGGAAUACGAGUCAGCCAGAUUUUAUUCCACGUGUGGAAACUGGGUGGAAAAUAUCAUAGCGAAAGUGAGGAACCCGGUCAUUAUUCCCGUUGUUACUCACAUUGAUAAACUAUCGAGUGAAGAAGUAGAACAAAGAUGUGAAGAUUUGGCUAAGAAGCUGGAAGACCAAGAGAGAAGGCGUAUUAAGGAUCUUCAGAAACAACUUGAACGUAUCGAUGAAUCAUUGACAAUUUCAAAGGAAGCUGUACAUGCCAUAGACAGAAAGAAGCAAAUUGACACUCUUCUUCAGAAAAGGCCCUUGAUACAUCCAAAACCUGUGCCUGUAAGUUCAGGAAAAAAUCUUGAGGGCAUCCAGUAUUUAAAGCAAGUGAUCCUCAAUUAUGCUGUAAAUAAAGAGUUGUUCCCUGAAGUCGGUCGCCUCGUUCCAAAGGCUUGGGCGGACACUGAAGCUUGUGUUGAUAGAAAGGGCAAAGAGUUAGACGUCCCUUACAUGACUUGGGAUGAGUUCACGUCUUUACUAAAAGAGAAUGUUCCCAAUCUGCAGCCUGAGUCUCGUAUCAAAACAGUAGCACAAUAUCUCCAUGAUACCGGCAAAAUUCUGUGGUAUUCAGAGAUAGAGUCGUUACAAAACCACGUGUUUCUCAAGCCAGCUUCGCUUGUAGAUAUUUUCAGGAAGGUUAUUCGGUAUAACUUUGAAGACGUUGUUGACUACGACUCUGAUUCUUGCUACAGAGAGGCCGAUAUAACACCAGCUGAAUUUCAGAAGAUGAAAAUUGACCUGGUCAGGAAAGGAGUACUUCAUACCAAAUUGCUCAGGUGUCUUUGGUCGGAUAUUAAAGAAAAAUGUCGUCAGGGCACAUUCAAUGUGAUUUUCAAUACGCUGAUUGAACUGAUGCAGCAGUUUGACCUUUGUUAUGAUCUUGACCGUGAAGAGAAUGAUAAUCACACCAAAAGCACUACCUCUAGUCCAGAGAGACUGCUGUUACCUUGGCACCUAAAAGAAGACUUGGGAGAAAUGGCUAAGGCCCAAUGGGAAUCAGGAGGAAGUCGUGUGAUAUCUCUUCAGUAUCAGUUUCCAUCUUUCAUCCCUCCUGGCCUGUUUGCCCGCCUUGCUGUAAGAGCACACAACCCAAAACAUAACCUGCACUUUGUUUUGCAUUGGAACACUGGCGCGUUGUGUAAACACAAAAAGAACAGGAUGCUCGUGCUUUUAGAAAAUGAGGGCACAGAGAGGCUUGUGGUUUCACUGAGUGUGAGACCAGAGAGCAAGGACGCACACACGUACGUGGAGGAGGACCUCAUUUAUCAUUCGUGGAGUACGCUGAAAAUGCUAACUUUGGAGAUUGAGGAACUACUGAAACAGUGGCCAGGUGUCCGAUUUGACCGGUUCACUGCCUGCCCAAAGUGCCAUCAACCAUCAUUUCCUGGGGAAUGGCUACAUCGAAGAUACAGCCGUCAUCAUCGGACAGUGAUCUGCUGUUUCUGCAACGAAAGGGUUAAUUUACAUGAUGUAUUGCCGCCGCUUACGUUGGCAGACCAUAUCGCGGCAUAUAUCGCUUUCAGGUUUUGCCAUCAAGAAAUGCUGCCCGAUGUAGUGUCCGACCGACAGCUCUUACGCGUGGCCCAGAAGUUGGGUGCAGAGUGGGAAAGCCUCGCCAUUCACCUUGGCUUCACCCAGGCAGACGUGUACAAGUUCAAGUGUGACCAUCCCCACAGUGCAGAGCAACAGAUCCUCGCCAUGCUGACAGCGUGGAAAACCCGGAAGGGGAGGAACGCGACCCGUCACAACUUGCAACUUGUUCUCCGAGAGGCUGGAGUUGACUAUGACGCAAUAUCAUCUCUGGACGAUUACCGUGUAGAAAUUGAAGAAGGUUGACGGGGCACUGACUCGCAAUAUGAUUCAGUGACCGCUUUGACGUAAAAUGUUUUUCCCAAGAAAUCUUCAAAAGUUAAAAAUGAUACACAAGCAUUGACCUGGUCACUGUCCAGGUAGUACAGCGAGGUAGAUAAUGACUUUUGAAGCGUCUUAAAAACACUACCUGUAGAUACGUUGUGAUUUGUCCUAUCGAUGUCAAAUGGCUUUAUUUUGUCAUCUAUCACGAGUACCGUAUUUGACAAAGUUCAUUUGCUGGAUACAUUUGUGUGUAAACAACAACAAGUUUGUACCUUGCAGGCCUCCUCGGGCGGUCAGUGUAUAAAACAUAGACGCCUUAUCACUUUUCGUGUGGUAAACUUAUUGUGGUUCAGCAAUUGUCAAUGACUUGGUUUGAAAAUAUGCAGGAAAAAAUGUAUUAAAUAAUCACCCACAGUUUUCUAUAUCUAAUACACAUCCUAAUUAUAAUGCUUCAUUUCUUUACCAACAUCAUUAAAGUUUUACAUAUAUGUUACGAUGUAAAAGAAUCAUGCUUGUUGUUGUAUGAUUUGUUGUAUAAAGUCCGUAUUAGAUAACUGUAUAAACUUAAGGUACAUUAUGAUUCCUAACAAUGUAAACAAACAGGUGUAUGGCGCAAAGGCGACAAAGCAGGUCGCCCCUCUGUGUCAGUUGUAAUACGUAUACAUCGUUACUGUAAUUAUAUUAAAGUAUAAGCUAACGGUGUGAAUAGUUGAUUGUAAUCAUGUUCCAAGUAAGACCAAUUGUCUUAAAGUUUUAAAGUGUAUGAUAAGUUGAGACAUAUUAUUGUGCCAUAAUGUGAAUAGUCGAUUGUAAUCAUGUUCCAAAUAAGACCAAUUGUCUUAAAAUUUUUUAAAGUGUAUGAUAAGUUGAGGCAUGUUAUUGUGCCACGCUUGUACCGUAUACGCAAUUCAGCCUCUGGCUGCGAGGUAUAACGUGUUUCAAUAAACCAUUAAAAAAAGCUUGGUAUAACAUUA